AUGUAUAAUUCGUGGUUUGAAAUAGUGCGAUCCAUAUCGCCAUAUAACUGGGCAAUGUUAGGCAUAGCCCUUUCGUUAUUUCUUUCUAUUAUGGGUGCAGCAUGGGGUAUAUUUAUAUGUGGUACAAGUAUUGUUGGAGCUUCGGUUAAGUCACCACGUAUUAUUUCAAAAAAUUUAAUAUCAAUUAUUUUCUGUGAAGCAUUAGGUAUGUAUGGUGUUAUUACGGCAGUGUUUUUACAAAUAAAAUUUAGCGGGUUAUCUACUGAAGUACACCCUCCAUUAGUAUUAACAAAUAAAACAGAUCCUUUAAUUAUGAACACAAUAAGAGGAGGAUGGGCAUUAUUUGCUAGUGGUCUCACUGCAGGAUUGUCUAACCUCGUUUCAGGAGUUUCUGUUGGAAUAACAGGAAGUUCAUGUGCUAUUGGAGAUGCACAUAGUUCUGAUCUCUUUGUCCGAAUGUUAAUGAUUGAAAUUUGUGCAAGUGUUAUAGGUUUAUAUGGUUUAAUUGUGGCUAUUGUAUCCAUUGGAGAUAUUCAACUAACAUAA